AUGGAAAAAGACCAAACAGUUGAGCAACUGGAAGUUGAGAGGUGGAAAAUGAAGAAGCUUCUCAAGUACCUCCAGAACGCCCGGGGCAAUGGAACGUCGAUGAUCUCUUUGAUACUCCCGCCAAAGGACCAGAUUUCAAGAGCCAACAAGCUGCUCGUUGAAGAGUACGGAACUGCCUCAAACAUAAAGAGCAGAGUGAACCGGCUCAGCGUGCUGGGAGCCAUCACAUCUGCGCAGCAAAGACUCAAGCUGAUCACGCGAGUGCCAGAGAACGGCCUCGCCCUAUACACGGGAACUAUUAUGGAAGACUCCGGGAAGGAGAAAAAAGUCUGCUUUGACAUCGAGCCCAUGAAGCCCAUCAACACGUCGCUGUACCUGUGCAACAGCAAGUUCCACGUGGAGGACCUGAUAAACUCGCUGGAAGACGACUACAAGUUCGGGUUUAUCGUUAUGGAUGGGCACGGCGCACUCUUUGCAGUUCUGUCGGGUAACUCCAAGGAGAUAAAGCAGAACAUAAGCGUGGAUCUUCCCAAGAAGCACGGCCGAGGAGGGCAGUCUUCAGUGCGUUUUGCCAGGCUGAGGCUGGAAAAGAGGCACAACUACCUAAAGAAGGUCAGCGAAAUUGCCACGCAGGUCUUUAUCACCAACAACAAGCCGAACAUCCACGGGCUAAUCCUCGCAGGAUGUGCCGACUUUAAGACGGACCUGAGCCAGGCAGACUUCUUCGACCAAAGGCUGAAGGCGAAGGUGGCUAAGAUCAUAGACGUGGCGUACGGGGGAGAAAACGGCCUAAACCAAGCAAUAGAGCAGGCCGAGGAGGUCUUGCAAAACCUCAAGCUUGUAAGCGAAAAGAAGACGGUAAAAAUGUUCUUUGACGAAGUCGUGUCUGGCUCCGGGAAAGUCUGCUUUGGGGCCGAGGAAACAAUGUCUUGCCUGGAGUCCGGCUGCAUGGAUAUGCUGAUCAUUGACGAAGGCUCGGGCAUCCGCAGGAUAGAAAAGGAGGACGAAGUCACAUACGCAAUGGACGGCGACGGAGAGCUGCUCACUGACUGGCUGGCCGAGAACUACAGAAAAGUCAAUUGCACCGUGGUAUUUGUGUCUGACAAGAGCCAAGAGGGAACACAGUUUAUAUCCGCAUUCGGCGGAAUAGGGGGAAUACUUAGAUACAAAAUGGAGGUAAACGAUAACUUGUCGGAGGUAGAAGACUUUUCAGAUGCUGAUAUAUUCUAG